AUGGCUCCCAGAAUAUGCGGCACGUCAACGACGCUGGCGUCGCUCGACGCAUGCCUCCAGACCUCCAGCUACCUCGCUGCCCACGCGACGAGAUCCUUUUCCUUGACAUGCCGGAACGAAAAGAUUACGAAAGGCCGCUAUGAGAUGGUCAAAUGGAUCAAGGAGAAGGCCAUGAAUAAUUUUGACAAAAACCAUCCCACAUAUCUCGGUCCCCAUGUUGACCAACCGUUCCCGUCAAACCCUCUAUUUCGCAGUCAGAGUGUGCUGUCGGAAUCGAUGAAGAACAGGAUCUAUACGCAGGUGAUGGACCACGGCGUGGCAAUGAAGGCGGUGUCCGAAGAGAUGCAGGUCGAUGUGAGGAGAGUAGCGGCCGUCGUACGAUUGAAAGAACUCGAGAACCACUGGAAACUUGAGGGCAAGAAAUUCGCAACCCCAUAUGCCAAAGCCGUCAUGAAGAUGCUCCCCCAAUCCAAGUGGGCCCAAGGCGAUAUGAACAUCCCCCACGAACCCAUCAACGACAUCCCCGUCCACAAACUCUCGAUGCAGCAGCUCUUCGUACCAGUCUCUGAAUCGCGGCACUUCACCCGUGAAGAUGCCGCUAAGGCUUUCCACGAGGGUCUCCUGUCAGCCGACAAGCGAUCGCCACAGCGCGAGCUGAUUGAGAUUGAGCGCCAGGCCGCCGAGGAGGGCGGUGACCGGGCUACGAGCAUCGAGGAGUUUAGGAAGGAGGCACAGGAGGCUGAGGAGGAAUACGCGGCCGAGCUGGCGCGGAAGAGCGAACUAGAGGAUGCGAAAAUCAAGAAGUCCCGUAAGGGGCGGUUCGAGUUCAGGAUCAAGAGAUACAAUUCCGAGACCGUGGGCAAGUACGGCAGGGCGCGCGAUGCCACCGGCUGGCGGUACGGUCAGGCUCUCCAGGACCGCAAGCGGGGGAUGGUCAAGAUCCCGACGUCUGUUCCUUGA